UUGUUGGUGCUUUUUUAGAAGAUGUCCAAUUCAAAUCAAAGACGUUUGACUAGUCUUUGAAAGCUUAUCAUUCCACCUCUUCUAGAUUAAUCAGGGGCAUUUUUGGGUUGAAAUCAGCAGAUGGGUUGAUGUUAUUUCUUGUCAUUGUUUAGGGAGAAGAAAGAGUGAUUGUUUAGGGAGAAGAAAGAGAGAGAAGAGAGAGAAGAGAGAGAGAGGGAUGAAAAUGGAGGCUAACCAGAAGCCCAUAGAGGUGAGGGCCUUGGAGGCUUUGGGGCAAGGCUUUGAUUUGAGCAGUGAUUUCAGGUUGAAGUUUUCCAAAGGGUUGAAUGGAAGUGAUGGGAGGUUGGUGGUGCUAAACGAGGCUAAUAAGAGAGACAUUGUGAUUCCUAGUGGUGGAGGAGUAACAAUUCAUGGAGUUCCUGAGGAUAUUCGAUGCGAUAAAGGGGAUAGAAUCCGGUUCAAAUCCGAUGUUCUUGAGUUCAAUCAGAUGUCUGAGCUACUUAAUCAGAAAUCUUCUGUACAAGGGAAAAUUCCUUCAGGCUAUCUUAAUGCCAUUUUCGAUUUAACUGGAGACUGGCUUCAUGAUGCUGCGGAAGCAAAGUAUCUUGCUUUUGAUGGUUUCUUCAUUUCAUUAUACUAUUUGCACCUAACAGCAUCUCCAUUAAGUUUGCAUAGCAAAGUACAGAAAUCUGUUCCAUCCCGUUGGGAUCCAGCCUCAUUGUCUAGGUUCAUCCAUUCAUACGGGACACACAUAAUAGUAGGCAUGGCUGUUUACGGUCAAGAUUUAGUUUGUGUCAGACAGAAAUCUUCCUCACCAGUUCCUCCAUCUGAUGUUAGAAGACAUCUGGAGGAUCUUGGUGAUUUUCUAUUUUCAGAUGGAAGCCCUACUUUACUGCGGGGAAAAACAAGAGAUGGCAAACAUAAAGUUCCAGAUGUAUUCAACCGUAUUUUGCAGUCGAACACCAUGCAGUUAACCACUAAUUCACAAACAUCAAGCAAGGAUGGUCUUACUAUCGUUUGCUCAAAAAGAGGAGGGGAUGUAUUCUUGAAUAGUCACUCCAAUUGGCUCCAGACGGUGCUUGCUGAACCAGAAGCUAUCCGCUUUAAGUUUGUACCUAUUACUUCUCUUCUUACUGGGAUUCCAGGCAGUGGCUUUCUUAGUCAUGCAAUCAACUUGUAUCUACGUUACAAGCCGGCUCCAGAGGAUUUACAACAUUUCUUGGAGUUCCAAGUUCCUAGGCAAUGGGCACCUAUGUUUUGUGAGCUGCCUCUUUCACAUCGACAGAAAAAGGCUUCGUGUCCUUCCCUGCAAUUCAAUUUAAUGGGCCCUAAGAUUAAUGUUAGCUGUACACAGGUUUCAACUGGUCAAAAGCCAGUUGUUGGCCUACGCCUGUACUUAGAAGGGAAAAGACGAAAUCGGUUAGCCCUACAUGUACAACAUCUCUCAAGCCUUCCAAAUACUAUGGAUGUUUCUGUGGCUAACACCAGCACAACAAGGCCGUGCUGGUGGCGAGGUUCUGAUGACUGUGAGUUGAGUGAACAAUUCUUAGAGCCAAUUAAAUGGAAGAGAUACUCAAAAAUCUGUUCAUCCGUAGUUAAGCAUGACCCCAACUGGUUGAAGGGAGAUUCAAAUGGUGUGUAUAUUGUAACUGGUGCACAGCUCAUUAGCAAAGGGAAAUGGCCCAAGACGGUACUUCACCUUCGUCUGCAUUUUACCUACCUACCCAAUUGUGGAAUCCGGAAGACUGAGUGGGCUGCUGCGCCAGAGGCUUCACACAAAUCAAGUUUCCUUACGAAUCUGAGUACAACGUUUACAUUCACUCAGCGAACAGUAACUGAUCAGCAAAAGCAGGCGCCAGCUGCACUUAAUUCAGGUGUGUAUCCAGAAGGACCACCAAUGCUAGAUGGCUCAGCAAAGCUGCUUAAAUUUGUAGAAACAGCUGAGGUUGUUCGUGGCCCACAUGAUGCUCCUGGACAUUGGUUAGUAACAGCUGCUAAACUAGUAAAAGAGGGAGGUAAAAUUGGUUUGAAUGUAAAGUUCGCGUUGUUAGACUAUUGGUGAAUUGCAGUUUGCUUUUGUACAAUUAGAAUGGAGAAAGUAGUAGGUCAAAAUUUCGUUGAUUUUUUUAUUUCAUUUCCACUUUGUUGUAAUUAAUAAAUAUUGUAAGAAUGUAUGUAAUAGGAAGGAGGGGUUACAGAGUAAAA